AUGCUCCUACAGCUCUUUGAGUCCAUUAAUUCAGAUAUAAUCAAUACAGAAGCCAUGGUAAAGCUUUUUCGACAGGAAGCAUCAGUUAUAGACAGCCCAAAAGCAAAGCCUCUGAUAUUGAAAGAAGAAGAUAUGGAAUUCAAGGAUGUUAUAUUCAUAAGAAAUGGAGGUGAAGAUCAACGUACUUUGGACAAAGUUUCAUUCCACUACCAAGCCGGCCAAACGGCUGCAUUGAUUAGGAAGAGUGGAGAUAAUAAAUCAACAUGUCUAAAUCUGCUACUUCACUUCUAUGAUGUGACUAGAGGGCAUAUCAAGAUUGAUAGACAGAACAUUCGUGGUGUGACAAUAGAGAGUCUUCAAGAUCUCAUUAGAAUUAUUCCCCAAGAUCCACAACUCUUCAACAACACAAUAUUGGAGAAUAUUCGGUACACCAAUAAACAUACCACAGAUCAGGACAUAUAUAAGGCAUGUAAGGCAGUUGAGCUGCAUAACAGGUUCAUUAGUCUUCCAGAGCACUACCAUACUGUCAUUGAAAAGCGUGGUGUCAAAUUGUCAGGUAAUGAACGUCAGAGGCUGGCAAUCGCCCGAGUUCUCGUCAAGAAGAAUACACGAAUCUUUCUUCUAGAUGAGGCUACAAGUGCAAUUAACAAUGAAACCAAAGCUUUCGUUCAGCGCAAUUUGAGUCGGCUGACCGCGGGUUGA